GAAAGCAGCAGCAACGUCACUGAAAGAAAGAGGAGGUGUUCAUAAUAGCGGAGUCGGCCCGGGUGCGCACGGGCUAUAUAUAAUACCACGUGGUAUCAAUAUUCGUUGUCGUCCUUCGCUCGCUCAAUGCAUCAAAAUAUUGAGGGGAUGACAGCCAACUCAGAAUUCGAUGCCUUCCCUAUCUCCGAUAUCAUUGGUGAACUGCAAAACAUCUUGGCACGUUCACGAGUGAUCGUAUGUCGAUUCCGAUAAUACAGGCUUGGUAUGAUAUACCGACCAUGACCACUGCAGAUUCCAGACCUUGAAACACCAUAUUCCACAUUUCCAAAUACUGACCAUUCUGCCAUGGGGCGCAACAAAAACAUCAGCGCUGUCAUCACCGAGCGCCAGCAGCAGUUGGAUGCAGUUUUACAAGAGGUCUCAGGGAUGGAAAGCGUCAUGGAUAGAAUGAAGAAUCUUCAUCAGCAGCUCCUAAAAAAGAAGGACAGCAUUAUCCAGUCCAUGAACUUGCACAGGGGACUUGUUUCGGCUCUCUGGCGCUUUCCACCUGAACUAUUAUCCCUUAUUUUCGUUCGCUGUCUCCCAGAAACCGAACACUUGUUGCCCUCGUCAAAACUGGCUCCCAUGCUGCUGACCAGAAUAUGCCGAAGGUGGAGAGAGGUUGCUGUAGGGAUGUCCAGUUUGUGGUGCGGAGUGAUUGUGGACAUUGAUAACGAAGAUUGGCAACGAGCAGCCUUCUGCUAUGACACGUGGCUCAAGCGAUCGCGAGAUCGUCCGCUCUCAUUAGCACUCAAGUGCUUCAAAAAUGACGCGACCGACCUACGAAACCUUCUUGAGCCUCACACGAACCAAAUCUCAUCUCUUCAUAUCAUACUAUUCGUCAACCCCUUCACUGCAGACCUUUUGUUAAAUGACUUCCCAGCACUUCAGGAGUUUACCAUAACCUCAUCUGAUCCUUUGUGGUGCACCCCAAGUUUCGCACAAUCCAUCUCGCGACUACCGCUCACCUUGCGGAGGCUCAGGGUAGCCGGGCCGUCCGCAUUCGACUUUGACCUCAUAGUUUCUUGCAAUCCCGUAUGGGCCCACCUGACACAUGUCGAGAUCACUAUAUGUCAACCCAAUCUAAUCCUCCAGUUGCUCCGGCUAGGUCCCAACCUCUCCUCAUUAGAGAUUGGCCUAGGCUUUCACCACGAAAUUUCAUUAACGUUUGAGCCAUUCACGCAUAUGAACCUUCAAUCCUUAUGCAUCAGUAAUGCAUCCCCGAUGCUCAUGGGAAAUUUAUUCCCUGGCUUGUUCAAUGCACUCACUCUCCCCAAUUUACGCGCACUUGAAGCUCGCUAUAUACGACCAUGGCCACACGAGGAGUUCAAGACAUUUUUGGUACGGUCAAGUUGCCCUCUAGGGAGUCUGACUCUCGGCACUGGGGUUACGACGACAGAUGAGCAGCGAGGGGAAUAUAUCGUCCUCGUUCCUUUCCUUGACGUAGUAGUGGACCCCAGGCGUGGUGGUUACUUUGGAUAUCGCCGCUUGGUCCAACAUGGCAGAAGGAGAGAUGUGUGACCUGGUGUUGUAGAGU